AGUGCCGUGUCAUCUAUGACACGUAAACUAAAGACAACAAGGAAAUGGUCACAGCGGGGAGCUUUAAUAAUAUAUCAGUUUAAACUCUAGACUUUGUAAGGUUUAACCCCAAAAGUUAUCUCAAACAUUUCAUGUUGUUUUAGCUUCGAGUUAGCUUAGCCGUUAGCUUAGCUUCGCCACCAGGAAGGAGCUGUAACUAAAGUUAUCUGACUCCAACAUGGACGACCUGUACAUUAAACCAGGUAACCAGGAGAGGGGUUGGAACGACCCCCCCCAGUUCUCGUACGGCCUCCAGACGGCCCGCGGACCACACAGGAACCUCCUGAACAAGAGAGCAGCUCCAGGUGUUGGAGCCCCGCCCCUGACGCCUCCCUCCUCCAAUCCUCUGUCUCCGCCUCCGAGCGGCUUCACCCCUACCCCUCUACACCCAGCUCGUCCUCCUCUGGGCUGUGUGGCCACGCCCCCUCCUCCUCUGGGACCAAUGAGAAGUCAGAGACAGGCCGACAGCAGCCAAUCGGAGAGUGAGCCUGACGUAGAGCGUGUGGUGUCGGUGUUGAAUGGAGCGCUCGCUGCCUGCAGACAAACGGUUAAAGCUCAGGUGUGCAGCGAUGUGGAAAAGAGGCUCCGCCUCCUGGAGGACAGCUGGCGGUCCGGGAGACUCAGCCUACCUGUGAGGAGACGCAUGGACACCCUGUCGCUGGCGCUGCAGUUGGGCCAGUGGGACUCUGCAGACGAGAUCCACCGCUCUCUGAUGGUGGAUCAUGUGACUGAAGUCAGCCAAUGGAUGGUGGGCGUCAAACGCCUCAUCGCUGAGACACGAAAACUCAAACCAGAACUCUUAGAACCGCUUCAGAGACCUGCAGACCCAGACCAGGUCCCUGCAGGACCAGACCAGGUCACUACAGGACCAGACCAGGACCCUGCAGGACAAGAACCGGUCCCUGCAGGACCAGACCAGGUCCCUGCAGGACCAGACCAGGUCCCUGCAAGACCAGACCAGGUCCCUGCAGACCCAGACCAGGUCCCUGCAGGACCAGACCAGGACCCUGCAGGACCAGACCAGGUCCCUGCAGACCCAGACCAGGUCCCUGCAGGACCAGACUAGGAUCCUGCAGGACCAGAACCGGUCCAGGACUGUUAAUCCUGCAGGAAUCUCAACAAACAGACUCUUUUAACUCGGGUUGGGCUUAAAAAACAUACUGAUUUUCCAAUUUAAAUUGGUUUUCAUUUAAAUGAUGUGAUAUGGAUUACUAAAACCAGAAUGGAUCUCUCUGUACCAUCUGAGACCAGAAGACCUGAGGAAUCCAUCAGUACCAGCUGGGUCUCGCUAGCUUUUUGGGAAGGGGGUUAAAUAAUGCUCUGAAGAAAGUCUUUUAUUUUGGCGGGGGAACAGCUGUCCUGUCUCCGUCCGUCCCUCCAGAUAUGGGAAUGAAACGUCCGUUAAUGACCUUAAUCUCCGUCUAGUUCUCCCAAAAUAUCAACACACCACACGUUUGAUGGUUGGAAAGCUAUCAAUGGCUUUUUCCCUCAAAUUAUUACAACUUUUCCCUCAAGUUUUCCUCAAAUUAUUGCAACUUCCCCUCAAAUUGUUGCAACUUUUUCCCUCAAAUUGUUGCAACUUUUUCCCUCAAAUUGUUGCAACUUUUUCCUCAAAUUAUUGCGACUUUUUCAUCAACUUUUUCCCUCAAAUUAUUACAACUUUUCCCUCAAAUUUUUCUCAAAUUGUUGCAACUUUUCACUCAAAUUGUUGCAACUUUUUCCUCAAAUUGUUGCAACUUUUUACCUCAAAUUGUUGCAACUUUUUACCUCAAAUUGUUGCAACUUUUUACCUAAAAUUGUUGCAACUUUUUACCUCAAAUUGUUUCAACUUUUUCCCUGCAAUUAUUACAACUUUUCCCUCAAAUUUUCCUCAAAUUGUUGUAACUUUUCGCUCAAAUUGUUGCAACUUUUUCCCUCAAAUUAUUACAACUUUUCCCUCAAAUUUUCCUCAAAUUGUUGCAACUUUUUCCCUCAAAUUAUUACAACUUUUCCCUCAAAUUUUCCUCAAAUUAUUGCAACUUCCCCCCAAAUUGUUGCAACUUUUUCUGACGUUUUUCAUGGUUGUUUUGAUCAGUGAUGAUCCAGAUCCUUCAGACGGUUUCCAUCAGUCCUGUUGGAUAUGAAAGACAUAAUCGGGGAAUAUUCUGCUGUAGAUGGUACCAAGAAGCCUCUAACAUGCCGGAUUAUUAAUAAUAAUACGGUGUCGUUAUGUCAGAAAAGCAAUAAAACUGUUGAAAAACACAAUAAAAAGUGGUUUUACAGAUUGUAUUGAUAGAUAUCAAACACAGAUGGAUUUUAAUUGGAGAAUGGAUUCUUUAGCCCCGCCCUAGUGUCUGGAUUACAUACUCUAGAUCUGUGUGUGUGUGUGUGUGUGUGUGUGUGUGUGUGUGUGUGUGUGUGUGUGUGU